AUGCCCAUUUCCGCGCUCUUGCUGCGAUGGAAGGGGGUGCUGGAGUGCUGCAGUCGCACGAUCGACACGGGCACCCUCGCGUCCAAGUCGGCGAAUUCUUGCGACUUCUUCAUCUCAUCCUCGUCCGAGUACGCAGUGGACUUAGCAUUGUGGUACUUUCCCAGCGAACUCGCCGCUGACGUGCUGUUCAUUGGAAACAUCAUGAAGAUCUUGGGCAACAAUAGCCAGCACCACCACGAGGCCAUUUAUACGCGUGACCAUCGCGUCCCGUGCCACGUCACCACGCGGUUGUUCGUACGCCCCGUCCGUCCAUCUCGGUGGUAA